CAGCAGCCAGCUAGAUUCAGAGUGAACUGAGAGACAAAAUGGAAAGGAAGUAGUUUCGUGUUCAGUGCGUAUAGAUUAAGGAAAAUGAUCAGAAGCUUUUGAAGGCGAGGAAUGGUACCUUAGCCGGUUCCACUAACAGCAUACCGUCGACCGGUGAAAAAAAAUUACUGAAUAGGUUAAAAGGUGGAAAAUUUUUGCGUGUUUUAUUUUGUGGAGUGAAAAUAUCUAGUAAUUUUGUGAAGUUGCCGAAAUUUUGGAAGGCUGAUGGACACAGUGAACAAAAAAUUUAUAUUCGAACACUUUAUUCUGUUCAAAUACCUAUAAGAUUUUUUUUUGUGCAAAUUGAACUGUGUGCGACGACUUGGGUUGGUAGUGCGAACUAACCAUCCGUAUUUUAUCCAUAGGAGGCUCGCGAAUGGUGGAAUCAUUUGCGUGUUGCUAGUAGUGGUGGUGUUUGAAAUGCUUCACGACACAGCAAUUGCGAAUCAAUUUUUGCCCAGUUCAUAUGGCGUAAAGGAUAGUGUAUUGAAAUAAAGGGGCAAAGAAGUAGACCGGGCGGUCGGGAGGGACAGUACAAAUCGCCAUCGAAUGAAGGCAGGUUUUGGCUGGAGGUUGAGGAGCAACCGCUUGCCAUCACCGUCGUCGUCGCCGCCACUGCUGCUGCUUAAGCCGGACGAUUGUCUGCUACUACGGGCUGCUGAUUUUGAUUGGUUUACCCGGUUUAGCACUUCUAAAACAGUAGCUGUCCAAACAGCGCUCUGCGGAUUCAACUUUAGGCGACCAUCUCAACAGCUUGAGACCUAGGCUGAACCUAAUUGCAACUUUAAAAUUACACUAAAAUGUCCAGUGACAGCCAGAAGCAGCAAGUGUACAAUUUCAUCUUUGCAAAGGUGCCUUAGCAAAUAAUGACUAGUGGACGUACAGAAUGUUGAAUCGCGUUCCAAUUCACCGAGCGGGCAAUAAUAGAGUGAAAGAAGAGGACAGUUAGAUCGUGAUCGAUGUCAUUGAAAUGAUACGGCCAAAUCAAGCGCACCUACAUUAAAUGUACAGUUUACUUAGCAAAGCUACAAACAAAGUGCAAAAAUAUACUAAGAUUUAAUGGAAGAAGAGGAGCAGAAAAUAGCUCGCGACAGCCACAUUGCGAAAAGAGAAACGGCAUCAAUUGCCUUCAUCGCGGAUAUUCGUCUCAAUGAGAUAAACCCUUACAAAUACUUAGCUUCUUCCUUAAAAAAAAAUUGUGAUUACAAUAAUCGAUAGGCACACUUUUACAAAAGUCAAGUUUAGAAACGAAACGUACUCCCUGAAGCAGGGCCGCCACGCUACCGCACUUUAGAGCAGUAGCCAAGUCAAUCAAGUUGCAUACCUUAUUGGUACUCCAGCCGCCUACGCAAAGCUCAAUCAAGGGAUCAUUCACAGACGUGGUGUAGUUGCUAUUGACUACUCCAUAAACCGCACACUCGAUCAAUGCUUUGUCGAAAAAAAAAAUCAUUGAUACUUCUUCCAACCCUUACGAGAGUUGCUGCAUUGCAUACGAAUGAACCCCCUAGAGGCAGCUAAGCUAAUCAGUUGGACCGAACCGGCAGUGCGAACAGAGAUUAGUGAUUGUGUGUGCGAGUGCGAGUGUUAGUGCGGUACUCUUACCAACUCAAGCCCGAUUGCUAGAUUAGUGGUUUCGGUAGUGGACUAGUGUAGUAGCAACAGCAGCAGCAAAGGCACACUACGAACCAGCAGCGGUGCUGUCUGUCGCUUUUGAGCUUUGCCAUACAAUAAUGGACGAGGAGAAUACCGUGAUCUACCGAGCGACCGCCAAUUACACUUCUGCCAAUGUCGACGAGCUUAGCUACCAGAAGGAGGACAUCAUCGAGGUGUACAUCCCGAAAUCGUCGAACAGUGCCAUUUGGUACCACGCGAGCAAUACGCGCACCAAGCAGAAUGGUUACGUGCAGUUACAAAAUUUAGUACGAUGCGACGGCAGUAGUAUGCCAACUCCAUCCUCCAUUCAUUACCUGCCGAUCAACAGUCUAGCGGGAGGAGAUCCUCCCAGUGCUAGCAACACAAGUAACGUUAGCAGCAACAUCAACACCAAUAGCCCGAGCAGCAGCAACCCUAGUAGAAACAACAGCAGUAAUCCCUUCAGCGCUGGCCAUGAUGCGAGCUCCAGUGCGGAUAGAGACAACAGUAGUGUCACUAGUAGCGUUCCUGGCCAAACCGCCGUGACGACGGUCGUUGCCACGAUGGCCAACCUAACGCUCACCAAGUCCACCAAGGAUAGCAAUAGUCUGACACUGAAUCUAACACCUUCGGGCGGUUCCGGCGGCGAUCAGUACGUACUGGACGAUAUCUACGUGCAGUGCGUAAAUCCAAGCACAGGAGUCGGUUCGGUCAAUAAAACGGAUGAAUUUAGUAAUAAAAACAUUAACAAAUGUCACACGACCGUACCUGUUUAUUUUGUAACUCCUAUUAUCUGUUUACUUUGUCGUGACUACAUCUGGGGCCUCGGACUGCAAGGACGGCAGUGUAGACAAUGCUGGUCGUGUUUCCACAUCAAAUGUCUACCGUUAGCCAUUCACGAAAUGUGCCAAAGAAAUCCUGACGUUUAUCCGAAGAUGCCGACCACGUAUAGCACCGACAAGUCAAUUAACGAGUGGACGUCAGCGAAUGUAUUGGAAUGGAUGGCUGCUAACAACUUGUACACCUACGCUGACGUGUUCAAAGCGAAAGAUAUAAAAGGCUGUGAUUUAUCGAAUUUGGAUCGUGAUAAAUUAGGACAAAUGGGUAUUAAAAAUGAAUUCCAUCAGCAAACAAUCCUGGCGUCCAUUAAGGAUCUACUGGUGAGUGCGGAGAAGCCAAUCCAGAGUGGUGGCACGACGCGGACAACCAGCGGUGGCAGUGGCAUCGUCUUGGGACUUGCUUGUGAAGAAGGUGACACCGCACCGGACAAGCACUCACAUGAUUUGGUGGAUCAUUCGUUUUCGAAGCUGGUUAAAUGUGAUAAGUGUCAGCAGUACUUGCGCGGGCUGAUACAUCAGGGAUUGCUAUGUAAGCAGUGUAAUCUCAUUGUCCACAGACAGUGUUCGGCCACGGGACUUAAGCCGUGCGCAGCCGAUGCUGGAAGUCGGACAGCUGCGACUGUGCUGGCUGGUGGUCGAGCCCAGCAGGUCUUCGGUCUAGGUCUGUGUCAGCAGUUUAACGUGGGCGAACUGCCGGCUCCUCAGAUUGUCAUAAUACUCUGCAACGAACUUGAGCAGAAAGCGAUGUGCAACAUGAACCUAGAUCUGUACAAACUGUAUCGAACGACGCCGCCCAACUAUGAUGAGGUGAACAAAUUGCGCGAUUCGCUCAACGAGAAUCUGAUCAACACCGAUCUCAGUGGCUAUUCGCCCGAGUGCGUGGCCACGGUGCUGAAAAAAUUCCUUCGCGAGUUGCCUGAUCCGAUCAUUCCGGUCAUGUUCUACGAUAAGUUUGUUGAAGCCUCAAAAAUUACCAGCGACGCUGUGGUCGUCGAACAGCUCCGACAGCACAUCCAGGACCUGCCAAUUUAUCACAAUAUGACGCUCAAGUAUAUCAUGAUCCAUCUGAUACGAAUCUGUCGAAUGCAGUUCCAGCGGGGGCUUAAGGAGCAACCAACGAUACUGAUACAAGUAUGGUGCCAUAUUCUGAUGCGUCCUCCUUGGGAGAAAAUUGUUCAAAUCGUGUACAACACGGAAAACCACUUACGAAUAAUGGAGUUGCUGCUUUACAAGCUCGACUGGAAGGAAAAGUUGCCGGAAUUUCUCUCGGCACCGGCCGUUCCGCCGCGUAAGAUCUCCCGAAGUACAGCUGUGCUACAGCAGCAGCAGCAGCAGCAGCAGUCGUCGAAUACAUCGGUCGGUGGAUCCGGAAGUAUGGGUAGUCUGAAGAAGCCAGCAAUCACAUCGCCGGUACAGCCAGGGGUGGGGGUGGCGUACAAUAAUGUUGCCGGUAGUGUCAACGCAGGACCGAGCAGCACUUCCGCUAGUAAUGGUGCAUCCGUUGCACCCGCAGAUGGUCGUGGGUGGCCCCUAACACUGAGAGCGGUUGGCGAUGCUGACACACCGGCAGAUCUCCGAGAAGCGGAAUGGUAUUGGGGUAGGAUCACACGGGACGAAGCCAAGGAGAAGAUGACGGAUGCGCAGGACGGUUCGUUUUUGGUGCGGGACGCCACCAGCGGCGGCGGUGAAUACACGCUUACGCUGAGGAAAGACGGUACAGACCGUGUGAUCAAGAUCUACCACAAUAUGGGCAAGUACGGGUUCACGAAAGACUGCACUCACAAUAGUGUGGUUGAUCUGAUCAACUACUAUCGGAACGUUUCGCUGAAAGAUUAUAACACCAUCCUGGACAUCAAGUUGACGUAUCCGGUUUCACGGUACGAGGAUGAUAACUAUAUUGCUAGCGCAGGAGACGAUACACCCCGGUUGGCACAAAAAUUCAUCGACGCAGUGCAGCAAUAUAACGAGAAACAACUCGAGCGUACACGGCUAACGGAGGAAUACACGACGGCUAAGAAUAAGUCAGAUUUGAAAAAGCAAGCGCAGGAGGCUUUCGCUGAGGCAGAGAAAUUAUUCAACGAGCAGCUAGCAAUACAAGCUAAGUUCGAGAAAGAAGCGCAACCACACGAGAAACAAGGUCUAAGUACUAAUCAUCAGCUGAUAGUGGAGCGGAUGCAGGAACUGAACCAGUGCAAAUUACAGCUGCAGGCCGAUAUGGAAAAAGAGAAGACUCGAAUCUGGACGCUGGAGCGAGAGAUCAACAAGCUCAACCCAGAGCUUAUGACGCUGCUUCGAACAAGAGAUCGCUACAUGGGAGAAAUGAUCCGGCAGGGCGUCAGCGAUAGCCAGAUCAAACAAAUGCUAACCGAUGGUUACUUCUCGUACAAUCAAAGCAGCCAGGAAAUGCCCCACAAUGACGAGAGCACCUGGUUGAGGCCAACAUUCAACCGGCAGGACGCUGAACAGUGGCUGGUGGGGAAACCGACCGGAACCUUCCUGAUACGGUCCCGCAACGGAGGCCAGUAUGCGCUGUCGAUCACCUGCAACGAAACGGUCAACCACUGUAUUGUGCACCAAACGGAGCGCGGUUUCGGGUUCGCCGAACCGUAUAACAUUUACGAUUCGCUGAAAUCGUUGGUGCUGCACUACGCCAAUAACUCACUGGAAGAACACAAUGACACGCUGCAGACGACCCUCAAGUAUCCGGCGUUCCACGUGAAGCAGCAAUCCAACUAGAGUGAAAUUCUUCCAGUUCCAGAAAACUUCUUUUUUUUCUCUUUGCUUCUAUGUCUUCUAGAAGGUUAGGUUCGUUAAUUCAUCUCGAAUGAAUUGUUUGCUUAUAAUUAGUAAGGAAAAACUCAAUUAUUUUCUUAAAAUUAGUAAGAAAAGCAUAUAAUAUUGGGAGGCAAUAAAUUUGCACUUGCGCACAGCGUGCGACUAUCACUUCACCCACGUGAUCUAGAUUUGGCUGAAUUGUACACAUUCAAAAACAAAAACUAUACUCUCGGUACGGUACUGUGCAUUUGAUUGGUUUAUUUAUUUAUUAAAAUAUAUAUAGCUAGGAAUGUUUGAAAUAUAAUUGUCGAGGAAUCGGCUAGCAUUUGACAAGAGAAAACGCGGGUGCGCUUUUACGUUAAUAUUUAGUAUGGUACAGUUUUAUUUUUCGGUCAACACCCGGUUACCAUUCGGUUUCAAUCUUUACUGUUUCCUACGCAGUACUGCAAAUUGGUUAAAAAAAUUUUCUUAGCAGAAAAUUUAAAUUGGAUCAAUUUAUGAGUGAACUUAAUAUUCAUUUCCAUAACAUUAUUUUUUUGACUCCUAACAGGUCAUGUUCAAGUCUGAAAUAGCAGUAAAUGCUAUGAUGGCAGAUAACAACCUACAAAGAAUUGUAGUUUGACGUAAAAUGAUCAUUUUGCUACCCUAGCUAUUUUUUUAAUUGGUUUGUUUUUGCUUUUUCGAAAGAGCCAGAAGACUAAAAACGAUAGAGAACCUGUAGAAGGCUUGGCAUUAAUAUCAGCAUGGGUGUCUCCUAGGACGGGAGGCACUUGCUCAGAAUAGUUGUACAAUUAUAGAAGACAGAGAAUAAAACCAGAAGUAACUGAAGACAAAUAAGGUUGGGGGAAAUGAGGGACAGCGAGUACGAGAACAAGACGUCGGCAGUAAGUAGGAGCAUGCAGUGAAUAAGUCAGCAAGAUCUUUUGUUUUAUUGUGUAAACGUUUAAAUAUAUAUUAUCUAUUUGUUUAUAAGGCGAUCGAUUGUUGUUAUAAGAUCGCAGUGAGAUGUGAGAGAUUUUUUUUUUGUAUAAUUAUGUCUAAUCAUUAAGAUUUUUUUCUGAUCGGGUCCUAUCGGUACCGCGUGGCGGUACAUCGGUCACGAGAUAGUAGAGGUUACGCGUUAUUGUGCGUGACUCAUGGCGAUAUACACAUACAACCCAUAGCAGUUAUAUGAAUUGAUUUAAUCAUUUUAAAUUGUGUUAAUAAUUGUAACAAAACUGCGGAGGAAGAAACAAAAAGAAAUUAAUUAAGUAGCGAACCUGUGACAAUGAAACAUUGUAAAAUCAAAACACAAACCUAUGUGGAAAGAGAAGAAAACAAAUUUAAUAUAUUUCUGGAAAAGCGAAUGUGAAACAAAGUAAUUUAGUAAUCAAAACAAGCGGAGAGUUUUUAAUUUUAAAAAAACUACUUAUAACAAUACAAGUAUAAAGUAUAUAUUAAAAGCAUAGAGAGGUAAAGUGAACGAAACAGAAACUUCAAAUUUGUAACGUAUAAGUUAUUAGGAAUGUAACAAAUUGGAAAAUGUUAUGACAACACAGAAAUAUUUGUAUGGCAAAUUCAGCUUAAAACAACAAUUUGUGAGAAUAGGUGCACCGGAACGGGGACGUCUUCUGUGACUCCCCCAGUGAACAAAAAAAAAAAACAUACAAGCAAACUCAGAUCCAAAGUGUGUGUAUUGAAUUGAUGAAAUACAGAAUUGGCAAACGAAACGAAGAAUCAUUUUACCAAUCAACUCUGUUUAGACAGCGAGAUAGUGAACAAGGGAAAAUCGCGACCGCGCAAUCCAGAACGCGCUAGGUUCGGUUGAUGUUUUUCACUGUUGUAGCAACGUUAAAUUAAAAUCUCGCUUUUUGAUAAAUGCUAAACCAGUAAAUAUAUAAACCAUCGUGGUCCAUGAAAUUAGAAAACAAAUUUGAAAAAAUAAAAAUGCAACUACAUGUCUCUAAAUAAUUAAAACAAAGUUUUUUUUUGAUAAAACAUGAAACAACCCAGUUUGUAGUGCAUGUAGUAUAUUAACAUUUGUCAGUGGAAGGACAAAUAUAUCUAAAAAAGGACAGAAAUUGGAUACAUCGAUCCAACGGAUGAGCAGAUUAACGCGAAGAAAUUUUUACUAAAAGCAAUGUCAGUUAAACCAGAAUUCCCACCUGAACGAAUGAGGAAACAAACAUGAAAAUAGUCAUCAUUAUAAAAACUGUAACUGAAACCACAUAACGCAAAGUCUUUGCAACCGAUAUAAACCAGUAAAAGUUAAAGUCCUGAAUAGAAACUAUUUUUUUCACUAAAGAACAACAUUCAUACUCAUACAGAAACUACACACACAGACACACACACACUUACACAGCAGUUGCCUCUGUCCUCCACCUUAUGUAUGUGGUAGAAAGAGCGAAAGAAAAAGAAAACAAGAGAGCGCUACGGUAAAGAUAAACCAGCAACACAUGUGAAACAUGUACAAAUUAAUAUUAAAAACCAAUUUAACUCUUAAAACUAACAGCAACUUAACCAUAAAAAAAUCAACCAACACACGACAAAAACACACAUACUCACUCAAACAUAUUGCGAGUGCGAAAACGUAUAAACCAAGUCCCCAUCAUCCCACACUCCAUCCUGCGCCCCCAAUUCCUCUCAAGAGUCACCCAUGCCAGAUACGCGACGUUAACGAACGAAAACAAAUGCUUUAGAAAUGAUCACAGAAAGAUGUGAUCAAUAUCACGGUUGAAUCUAUUCGUCUAGUUAUAGAUACACAAGAACCGCAAGCCUAUGGUUUCUCAGUUAGCGCGUCAUUUGGUCAGAGAUAUUGAGAGUAUUUAUAUACUAUCCUGGCAUUAGAACGUUCGCCAGGUGGGAUGUAGAAUCCUUCCAAAAAACGCUCGUAUCGCUUGGGUAUAGGUUUCUCUUUCACCCUUCCCUUGGAACCAAUCAACAAAAGUGAAAAAAAAAAACAAAACAUACAAAUAUAUGAUAAAAUAAUUAGUAAUUAUAUAAUACAACAAAAAACAAAAAGCUAGAGCUGUGGUCGUCGUUUUUACUAGCAUUUUUCAAAUUGACAAACAACAAAUAAUAAGAAACGAAAUAAAAAAGAGAAUGUGAUGAAUUUCGAACGGUGAUAUUGAUAUGCGAAGUUUGCGUGAGGCAAGAUAAGCAAAGAUAAAGAGUGAAAAGGUUGGGACACUCAAGUUGUCGACCGCACGCACUGAACGUAGACGUAACCGUGCAAUAGGACCGCCUCCACGGAACGGAUACGCCUAGUUGUGCGGAACGGCCGACCGACCGAUAGAUGACAAAAGAAAUGUAAUAACGUGAAUGAAAAAUAGGAUCUAUUACAAUUACAAAACAAAACAAGCAGUGUUAGGAUAGAUAGGUGUUAGGAAAACGAAAUAAAGUCAUCUCUUCUAAUCGAAACUCGUUUUUUUUAAUUCUAUAUGAGGUCUCAGCUCGUUUGUCAUUACAAAGGGAGCAUAGAAAACAAAAACAGAACACUUUCAUUCACUCACAUUCACCAGGCGAAAAUAGAUAGUAUGAAGCAGAGCAUACAUACACACAAAUAAAUAUGUGAAAUAACAAUAUUACCUCUGUUGUUAUAGAAUUGAUGGAAAAUCCAAUUGUAAGCAUAUUCUUAACCAGUGGUGAAAAAAAAAGUAAUACAGCAGUAUGUUUCCAAUUUUGUUCUAUUCUCUACCAUCCUUUUAACGGCCAGCCAAGAACGAAUCCCCGAUAAACCGACAGACAGUUGUAGUAGUGAUGAACUAUUUGCCAUAUAAGAGUUUAAAUCGCCUGAAAGCGAAAAAUUCACGAAUGAGCAGGUCAUUUCCUCUAAUUUAGUUUGGUUUUCUUCGUUUGAGAAAAGUCUAGAGAAAUACUCCUACCACUAUUACACCAAUACAAUAUAAAUCAUCGAAAGAAAUACAAAAAACAAAGGUGAAAAAAUAUCCGCAAAACACAAUCAAAAUCGAACGAAAUAAAUAGGUACAUUCAUACACCACACACAAACAACCAAACACAUUUACACACCACGGAACGAUAGAGAAUGAUCAAUAGAAAAGCUAACUAAAGUUGGGUUGCCAUUCGCAGGAAGAAAAACAGUAAACGAAAAUCACAGUCUAAAACUAGAACGGAGGAUAUGAUUAAAAACGAACGGACAGAGAACAAGAGAAAAACAUUAAAACGUGAGAAGAAGAAACAAAACAUACAAAAUAAAGUUAUAUGUGAUUGAAUGUAAAUACAUUUGUAUAAUAAAAAAAGCAAGAAAAAUUA